AUGGCUGCUGCAAGCCCCAAGCUGAGACUGUAUACCAACCACGGCUGCCCGUGGGCCCAUCGCGCUCAUAUUGCCCUUUCGGAGCUCAAGGUGCCGUUCGAUGAAGAAAUCAUUGAUCUUCAAGUCCCACGGACGGCCGAGUAUCUUCAAGUCAACCCGCGCGGAUUAGUGCCAUCUCUGCGUGUUGAUGACCAGAUCAUCACUGAGUCUGCUGUUGUGGCGGCAUUCUUGGCCGAUGCUUUCCCCUCACAUCUAGUGCCCGCGUCUACCGACGCCAAUGGUCCCCUGACACGGGCUCGGAUCGCGUUCUUCGUCGACACCUACAUGUCCAAGGUGAACGGGUCUCUGUACCCUUUGAUGAAGGCGACGACAGAAGAGGAGCGUUCAGCUAUCAUCCAGAAGACGGUGGAUGCUGUUGUGAAGGAGAUCGAACCACUGCUGGCCAAUGCCGGUCCUUUCUUUGGAGGUAGCAGCCAGCUUACUCUGGCUGAGGUUCUCACGGGUUCGUUUGUGAUUCGAUUAUGGAGCUGGCCCAAGUAUGGAUUAGUACCACAGAGCGUCAUCGAUCAACUCUCGGAGAAGGCGCCCAACUUCAGUCGCUGGGCUGAGGCGGUAUCAAAGCAUCCGAGUGUCAACGGCAUCUUUGACGCCGAGGGAACUGCUACAGGGACAAAGGCGAGACUAGCCAAGGCCUAA